AAAGGAGAAUCCAGAAACAAGAUGACGAAGUUGAGCCCAUCGGUGGACUCAGAGGUCAGGUUUGUCGUUUUCUUUCACUGGUGCUGGAUUCCAAGGCUGCUGCUGCUUUCCUUCAAUGGUUCGGCGAAGACCUGAUGGCCACCUUUUGGAACAUGAAAAUAGCAUCUGUUGGAGUAUAAAAAGUAAAAACUCUCAAUCUCAAUGUCAAGAACAUCAACCGAUCUUUCCACUUCUCUUCUUGUCUGAAAUCAAUGGCUUCUUCUUCUUCAUGCUUAAAUAAUAACAUGGAUUGCCAAUCCCCAGUUGCCAAACACCCGGACUGGUUCUCUCCAGAAACCGGGAUUUACAAAAGCAAACACCCUUCCAUUCACCUUCCUUCAGACCCAUUUCUCGAUGUUGUUUCCUUUAUCUUCUCAAGAGCCCACCAAGGUGUUUCAGCCCUCAUUGAUUCGUCAUCUGGGUAUUCAAUCUCCUACACGGAGCUCUACCCACUGGUUAAAUCCAUGGCUUCUGGCCUCCGCCAAAUGGGUGUUUCGCAAGGUGAUGUGGUUUUGAUUCUUUUGCCAAAUUCUGUCUACUUUCCUAUCAUAUUCCUUGGUGUUGUCUAUUUGGGUGCCAUUGUAACAACUAUGAAUCCUCUGUGUAGUUUCUCUGAGGUGAAAAAGCAAACACUUGAUUGCAAUGUGAGUCUUGCCUUUACUCUGGGUGAUAGAGUUGAGAAAUUUGAUGGGUUGGGUGUUCCUGCAAUUAGGGUGCCAGAAAAUGUGUGUUUUGAUUCAUACAGGCCUGGGUUUUCUGAUUUUUAUAGGCUGAUUUUGGGUGAUCCUAGUUGGGUUCCUAGGCCUAAGAUUCAUCAGCAUGACACUGCUGCAAUUCUGUUUUCUUCCGGCACUACGGGUUCUUGCAAAGGGGUUGAGUUAACUCAUCGGAAUUUUAUAGCCAUGAUUAAGCAUUUUGUGGGAUUUGAAGCGUCGCAAUACGAGUAUUUGAAUGAGGAGAAUGUGUAUUUAGCUGUUUUGCCAAUGUUCCACGUUUAUGGCCUUUCCCUUUUUGUGAUGGGGUUGUUGUCAUUGGGCUCUGCAAUUGUGAUAAUGAGAAAGUUUGAUGUUGAGGAGUUAACUGGAGCCAUUGAGAAGUACAAGGUCACCCACUUCCCUGUUGUGCCCCCAUUGCUGACAGCACUGACCGCAAGGGCUAAGAGCGUUAGGGGAAGUGUUUGGAAGAGCUUAAAACAGGUGUCGUCUGGGGCUGCUCCAUUGAGCAGCAAAAAGAUUGAGGAGUUUGUUCAUACUUUCCCUCAUGUUGAUUUCAUUCAGGGUUAUGGCUUGACUGAGUCAACUGCUGUAGGAACACGUGGCUUCAAUACUAAAAUGCUUCACAAUUAUUCUUCAGUAGGACUUCUUGCUCCAAAUAUGGAAGCCAGAGUGGUAGAUUGCAUUACUAGUUCAUCCUUGCCUCCUGGGAAGAGUGGGGAACUUUGGUUAAAAGGACCUGGUAUUAUGAAAGGUUAUUUGAACAAUCCAGAGGCAACUGCAGCAACAGUUGAUGAGGAUGGCUGGCUGCAUACAGGAGAUAUCGUUUAUUUCGAUGAAGAAGGGUACUUGUAUAUAUUUGAUCGCUUGAAAGAGAUGAUCAAAUACAAGGGCUUUCAGAUUGCUCCUGCCGAACUAGAAUCUGUACUGGUUUCGCAUCCCGACAUACUUGAUGCUGCAGUAACAGGAAACAAGGAUGAGAAAGCCGGAGAGGUGCCGGUGGCUUUUGUAGUAAAGAGGCAGGGGAGCCUGCUUCGUGAGGCAACUGUAAUAGACUUUGUUGCUAAGCAGGUGGCUCCGUACAAGAAAGUGAGGAAGGUGGUGUUCACACAGUCAAUACCCAAGUCGGCAGCCGGGAAGAUCCUCCGGCGGGAACUGAGGAGUUUGGUUUCCAGAAUUUGACUGUUCAUGACAGUCAGGUAGAGGAAAUUCAGAUAGCAUUUUAGAGCAUAAGGAGGAUAAAAUGCAGUUAGUCGCUGAUAGAACCAGCAGAUUACGUUAGAUAGCAUUCUCUCAGUUGAUUGUAUGAACAAGGAUAAUCCAUUCUUUUGAAGCUGAUGCAUAGGUGCAUCAAUAAGUGCAGUUGCCUUUGGUUUGAUUACUUGUUUUGUUUAUGUUUUGCUUUCCCUAGGCGUUUUCUCUGUUCUUCGUUUCUUGGUUGUAUUGUAAAAUAAGAGAGGUUCCCCAUAAUUGUAUUUGUAUGUAACACUUAAAACUUUAUAGUACAAGGAUUAUUACCAAUCCCACCUUUGGUAAUUUGAUUUGAUAUAUAAUAAUUUUUUUUC